CAUAAAUUUCCACAUCAAGAAAAGAGAGUAUUACUAGUAAUUCUUUUAAUUUCCAUCUAGCAACUAGUUCAAAUUCUUACCUUUUGUUCAAGUGUCGAAUUAACAUAAAAUUUAGAAUGGGGAGAGAGAUAGUGAAAAGUGAGUUGGCUGAAGAGACAACCUUCAACUGGUCAUCAGAUUCAUCAUCAACAACAUCCUCUUCAUCUGAUGAUGAAAAGAGGAUGCCUUUGUUGGCAUUGAACCAUGUUUCCUAUGUCUGCAAAUCUGUUGCUAGAUCUGCCCAAUUCUAUGAGCAAGUUCUUGGUUUUGUCCUCAUCAAAAGACCCUCUUCCUUUGACUUUGAUGGAGCUUGGUUGUUCAACCACGGAAUUGGAAUACAUUUGCUAGGAAAAGAAGAUGCACAGUCAAAGAAGGGAAAGAUAAAUCCAAAAGACAAUCACAUUUCAUUCCAAUGUUCGGAUAUGGAUCUCAUAAUUGAAAGAUUGAAUGAGAUGAAGAUUGAGUAUGUAACAGCAACUGUAAAAGAAGGUGGAGUCACUGUGGAUCAACUCUUCUUUCAUGAUCCAGAUGGCAACAUGAUUGAGAUCUGUAAUUGUCAAAAUAUUCCAAUUCUUCCACUUUCCUCUUGUCCUCUCAAGAAGUUUGCAACUCCAACCUUCAACCAAACAACGCCUAAUUCGUUUUACGAAAAUGGAAGCAGAGGUGCAAAUAUGAACUGCUCAGGAGAAGUGGAAUCUCUGAUGAUGGAAAAUUUAGCUUUGGACAUGAUAGAUAUUUGUUUUUGAGUGAUAUUGUCGGCAAAAAGAGUGAUUUUACACCUCAUAAAUUUAGACCCCUUUUUCAACAACCCAAACAUACCGUAAAAAUCCUUUUUGUAAUAUUAUUAUUUAUGUACCAGUAUGUGUGGAGAGAACAUUAAGCACAUACAUAUAAUAUUUGUACUCUAGGAUUUUGAUUAUGUUAAUGUAUGAUUCUGGCUGUUCAUAUCAAGAAAUAAAUGAAGGAUAGCAUGUUAUGUGUUCUAAGGAA